AUGUACGGGGCUGCAGCAAAAUGGCUUCGGGUCUUCAUGAAAAGUUACAUCAAUGUGAUAUUGUACUAUAGGAAUGUUUAUCCGAAGGAAUCCUUUGAUUGGAUGUCUUUUCAGGCGUUUAAUUUACCCAGACAUUUACCGAUGAAUCGCCAUCCGGAGCUUCAGACCUACAUAGAAAACUUGAUUUCUGACGUUCUUUUAAAGCUAGAUUCAAUUCGUCACUUUAAUCUGCGAAUCGUUAAGUUGGACGAUGGAACUUGUGUAGAGCGCUACGCGCUAGAUUUCAAUGAAUUUCGGCACGAGGAAGUUAGCGACCUACUGGAGACACAAGUGUUCGACGAGCUGCGAUCUAGUUUGAACAGCUUGAUUGCCCGACUAGAAAAUUUGCCACAGAUAAAGCCUGCUAGCGUCAGUUUCGAAAUUGUUAUAGAUUCGAUGGGGUUGAGUCUAGGUCAUAAAAUGAACCGGGUUCAAAAUUCCAAAGAACGCCAGAUUCAAGAACAAGAUUCAAAUUGGGUGAAAUGCUCAGAGGAAGGAUUUUCAGCUAAUGCUCAAAGUUUAAGCACGCAGCCUAGGAAUCCACGCAUUAAAAUAAUUUCGUUAACUGGUUGUGACAUUGGACCUUUAGUAAUAUUCCAGUUUAUGGAAAUACUUAUCAGUCCUACUCACACUACCAGCUCCCAGGUCUACGAAAGUUCAGAUGCAUACCAUAGUUCUCAGUCGGACCCUUUUCCAUGA